CCCAGAGCACCGCUGAAGUUUUCGCCAUCAAUAUCCGCCCGUGAAUAACUUCAAGCUCAUAUUACUGGGAUCUCUUCACUGAGCAUCUCGUCAUCUCGUUGCACUCAGCAUCCCUGUAUUAUUUCCUACUCACUCUCACCCUCAGACUUCCUGCGACUCGUUGGCCGGAUCAUCGAUGACCAGAAUCACCAUACAUUAAACAAGACUAGACUGGGGACUGGUUCCUUUGCUUGAUGAUUGAUGACGACUUGCAACAACAGCUUUUCCUAACGAUAUCGCUCUACAUUAUAUAAUCAUGCAUCGAAGAUGGCUGUCCUUGCCGUUGCUGUCGACUUGUGCCUCAGCCUUUUAUCCUUAUCAGGCUGGCGACGGCUCGGAGCCCAAAUUAAAACGAUUCGUGCCAUAUCAGCUUGAUGAACCGUCUGUCCCAACCUCUGGGGUGGUGACAUUCGAUUUAACCAAGAUUCCGGUCAAACGAGACAACAAGUUCGCCGUCAGCAAUUCCACAACACCAUCCAUUCCCAACGCCAUGGCCAUCAACCAAGACGGCUCCGACUUUACAUACUUUUCCACCAUGCGAUUUGGAACGCCUGGGCGAGAUAUGUACAUGUUACUGGACACUGGAUCUGCCGACACAUGGGCCAUGGGGGAUUCGUGUCAAUCUGCCGCAUGUCGGAUACACAAUACCCUGGGCCAAGAAGACUCAAAUACUCUCCAGAUCACCAGUGCGCCUUGGUCGAUGAGUUAUGGCACAGGUCAAGUCCAAGGUUUCAUCGCGAACGAUCGUUUGAGUUUUGCCAAUUAUUCAGUCCAACUAUCCUUUGGUCUUGCCAACACUGCCUCGGACGACUUCCUCAACUACGUAUUAGAUGGUAUCUUGGGGCUUGGGCGAUCAGCAUCAGACACACUGGGUACUCAAACUAUCAUGGAGACCUUGGACGAGCAAGCAGGUUUGUCUGAAAACCUCGUUGGUGUUCAUCUUCAACGAAGCUUUGAUGGCACCAGAGAUGGCCAGAUCACCUUUGGCGGCUACGAUACCUCCAAAUUUGACAACAAUCUGAGUUUUACCAAAACAGUCAACGAUGGGGGAUGGGAAAUUCCAGUCGACGAUGCGGGCUUCGACGACAAAGCCGUGGGGUUCGCCCGAGGAAAGACGGCCUUCAUCGACACGGGCACCUCGUACAUAUUGCUCCCCCCUGCCGAUGCGAAGAGUCUCCAUGCGCUCAUUCCCGGUGCUACCAACAAUGGCGAGGUGUUCCUCGUGCCCUGUACAACAACAGAGACCGUGUACAUCUCAUUCUCGGGAGUCAAAUACGCCAUCUCACCCAAAGAUUACGUUGGCCGAGGAAAUGGUAACAUCUGCAACAGUAACAUCAUCGGCCAUCAGGCAUAUGGACCAAAUCAAUGGAUUCUCGGCGCAGUAUUCCUCAAGAAUGUUUACAGCGUCUUUGACUUUGACCAUGGUCAAAUUGGAUUUGGGACAAGGGGAACUUCAUCAUCUACAACAUCAUCGUCAGCGACCCCUUCUUCAUCCUCGUCAUCCUCAUCACCACCACCGUCGUCGUCGUCGUCAUCAUCAUCAUCAUCAUCCUCAUCUUCUUCGUCAUCAUCAUCUGAUUCCACAUCCUCUAGUUCGCAAACGAGCGACUCCUCGACCUCGACCUCAUCAUCCAGUACACAAGACGGUCAAUCGACCGAAACUACAAGGGUUGCUCCCACCAACACAUUAGAAUCAGGAGGAGGGGGCAGUCCGUUUAGCAACACGGGCCAUUCGGACGCGGCAAAAGUGUCGAUCUGUCUAUUUCCAGCAUUUGCUUUGGCGUUUGUUAUUGGGCUAAUGCUAUGAUCAAAGCAUUGUCCACAGCCGUGACUGAUUAUUAUCAUUGCCUGCAUGGCGUAUCAGCUAGUCUAGUGUUUAAGUAUGUAUGAAUAUGAACCGCCCGAGGUUUCCAGUCCUCAAAUAUUGGAGGGAAACCAGGCCACUCUACAACCUCCUUUCUUGGGCAGAUGAGGGGCAG